UAGUUCCAUGUGGUGCUUAAAGACAACAGUGGGUCAGCACUAAUGUUUCAUGAGUCCUGUGAGGAACUUUGAAAAUUGCUUCAGAUGAUUCUGUGAGGAACUUUGAAAAUUGCUUCAGAUGAUUCUCUUCAUUAAUGAAUAUCUGUUGUGAGCAUACAUGUCUUAAUAUGCUGCUUUAAAUUUGUUUAAAUAUGAAUGUUACCAUUUUCCUUGUCAAUUAAAAGUUGAUAUGCAUAGAUCAGAAUUUGUAAAGAUUUGAUACAGUUUUUCACUGAAGUACUCUAUUGUUACAUCAUGCAAGAUGCAUCCAAACAUGCUGAUCUAAAAAAACUGCAGUUAAUAUUCUAGGACAAAAUGAUUAAUAAUUAAAUGUUAUUUUUCUCAGCAGGACAACUAGACCAUGGAGAAUGUAUCAGUGGUGACGUCAUUCAUAUUGCAGCCAUUUACUGAACUGGAAGACCACAGAUAUUUAUACUUCACAAGUUUCCUGUUAUUGUUCAUGCUUAUGGUAUUAACAAAUUUAAUUCUCAUUACAGUAAUUUACAUUGACAGAGGUCUCCAUGAACCCAUGUAUUUUUUAAUAUGUAAUUUAGCAAUGAAUGGAAUUUAUGGCAGUUUAUCUUUAUUCCCAUCGGUACUUGUUAAUUUAAUGUCUCAUACUUAUGAAAUAUCUCUGACUGCUUGCCUUUUACAGAUCUUUUGUAUACACACAUAUGCUGCAGUUGAAUUUAGUAGUUUAGCCGUAAUGGGCUAUGACCGGUUCGUUGCCAUUUGUCAUCCAUUACACUAUCACCAAUUAAUGUCUCAUAGAAAAGUGUGCACCCUUAUGGCAUUAUCCUGGAUUUAUCCUUGCAUUCUUUUUGGACUUUAUUUCACAUUAACUGUACAGCGGACAUUUUGUGCCAGGAUCAUAGAAAAAGUGUAUUGUGUGAAUUUUGAAUUAGUCAAACUGUCUUGUUUCGAAACUACUAUUCAGAGCAAAGUUGGCUUCAUCGUAACUAUUUUUGUAAUUGUUCCACAGCUGAUCAUGAUACUAUUUUCCUAUGCACAGAUACUCAGAAUCUGCCUGCUUGCUUCUAAGGAAUCUCAGGCCAAAGCUAUUCAAACAUGCACCCCACACAUACUGGCUGUGAUUAACAAUGCAGUGGGUAUACUCUUUGAAAUCAUGCAGACUCGUUUCAACGUGAGUCAUAUACCUAAUAAAGCUCUCAUAUUCAUGUCCCUUUACGUUAUGAUAUUUCCCCCAUUGUUUAAUCCUGUCAUUUAUGGAAUUAGCAUUCAAACAAUCAGGGCCCAGAUUGUCAAACUGUUUAGUGCUAAAUAACUUGACUUCACCUGAGGUGAUGAUGACUUAGUCACAUGUUUAAUUCUUUAACACAUGUAAGCCAAUUACCUAACUGCCAUGCAAUGCAAAGUCUGCACGCUGGUUCCUUUGUAGCAUGACAAGAAAGCUGUUAUUAUUCCUGCCAGGAGCACUCAAGCCCUUUUCCCAUUUUUAUUUUAUAAAUUCGCAGACACUCUGACUCAGAGACCAAAACACCAGUUACUUGGUAAUUAUUGAAUCACAUUUGAUGUCUAUUUCACAAUAUUUUUAAAUAAAGCUGUCCUUGAUUUUGUUUUCA